GUGGUGCAUGCAGGCUUGAAAUGCGCCUGAUCUGGCCAGGCGGAUGAAAGUAGAGGCGCACUGUAGGGAGAGGAAAAAGUUCUCAACAAGGAGAGGCAGGACUACUCUCACGGAGCCCCUGCAGUCUCACUUUUUAUGCCUCCAAAAGACUUUCCCUGCAAUCUUUUCGCCGUUUUUGCUCUACGACGCUGCUUUGGCGUUUCCGACGGAGAAAUCCGACUUUUUUUUACUUAAGUGAAAGCACCAGCACCAUGGAGCUGCUCUGCCUCGAAAUGGACACCAUCAUACGAGCUCGUCCCGAUCCGAACCUCCUGUGCGAUGACAGAGUCCUGCAGAGGUUGUUGACCAUAGAGGAGAGGUUUCUACCCCAGUAUUCUUAUUUCAAAGGCGUCCAGAAAGAUAUUCAGCCCUUUAUGAGGAGGAUGGUCGCUACUUGGAUGUUGGAGGUCUGCGAGGAGCAGAAGUGCGAGGAGGAAGUUUUUCCCUUGGCCAUGAACUACUUAGACAGAUUUUUAGCCGUGGUACCCACCAAAAAGUGUAACCUGCAGCUGCUGGGAGCAGUCUGCAUGUUUCUUGCAUCCAAAUUAAAAGAGACUCGUCCAUUAACCGCAGAGAAGCUUUGCAUCUACACAGAUAACUCCAUCAGACCACAAGAGCUGCUGGAAUGGGAACUGGUGGUGUUGGGGAAGUUGAAGUGGAACUUGGCAGCGGUGACACCCAACGACUUCAUCGAGCACAUUGUGAAGAGGCUGCCGCUGCCUGAGGAUAAGCUGGCACUAAUACGCAAGCACGUCCAGACCUUCAUCGCCCUCUGUGCCACAGACUUCAGGUUCGCCAUGUACCCGCCCUCCAUGAUCGCCACGGGCAGCGUGGGCGCCGCCAUCUGCGGCCUGCAGCUGGACUCGGCCGACCAGUCGCAGUGGGGCGACAGUCUGACAGACCUGCUGGCCAAGAUCACCAACACAGAAGUGGACGUUCUCAAAGAGUGUCAGGAGCAGAUCGAGCGCGUGCUGGUGAGCAGCCUGCGCGAGGGCCGGCAGCAGCAGCAGCAGCAGCAGCAGACGCAGAGAGGGCCCAGUGGGAAAGGCCUGGAGGAGCUGGACCAGUCCUCCACCCCCACGGACGUGCGCGACGUCAACUUGUGAACCGGCCAGCGGUGUCAUUGCACAGGAUUUACAAAAAGAAAACAUCAUGAAAAAAAAAAACUCAACGUUGUUAAAAGCAGAAAAAAAAGAACAAAAGAGCAAAAAAUGUUUUAAAAAAAAACACAAGCCCUUUAAAAAAAAGAACAAUGCUUGCUAGUUUUUUGUAGAUUUUCUGUUCUUCAAGUCAAAAAAAAACAACACCUGCCCAUGAAAUAGAUUUUCUAUGAUGUUCUAGUGUAAAAGCAACAAAAUUUGCUACAUGAAGCUCUGCGGUGCCUUGGAUACACAGAAGGGAAGCCAAUCACAUUUGCAUUCUGCCUCUGAUUGUACAGUGUGAUAUUUAAGUUAUAUUUUAAUCAUAGCUAGGUGAUGAGGACAAUUUGGUAGAAGUAAUGGAAACCAGAGAACGCAUCCAUGCGAUCGCGAUAGGGCUCUUCUCUCUUCUGCGUGUAUAUGAUACUAUCACUUUUACCGUGUGCCCGGUGGAACAGAGGAGCUGUGCUCAGGCUCCUCCACCGUCACACGUCCACAAGCGUGAGAACAUGACGCUCAAUGUCGGUGGCUUCCACUUCCACGGAAGAGACAGGAUUCCAAUAAUUAUCCGUAGUAUUAGUAAUUAUUAUUAUUAUUAAUAAUAUUAUUGGACAUAUUUUGGAACUGAGUAGAGAUCAAUAAGCUCCUUUUGUCAGGCUGCUUGUAUGUAUCAGUUUGUGGGUGCAGUGUGUAAACCUGUGUUUGUGUGCGAGGAUGCGUAUGUGUGUUGGCCUACAAUAGCGGCGUGCAGCCUGCGGCCCGAGGCACUCACACGGAGCCAAGUGGACGUGUUGGACUACAGAGGCUGCACGCUGCGCCGGGGCAGGGUGCAUCGUGGGCCGUCGCCGGCCCCCGAGAGUCUGAGCGAGGCGGAAGAUGACUUAUGGGUGAAGGGACACGUGGAGCUCGUGAUCUUUCGAAGAGAUGUUAUUACCCGAGGUGCUUCACCUCGGAGUCAGAGGUCACGCGAGGCAUUCGUUUAUCGAUGCCGUUCUGUUAAUGGAAUAUUUCCGACACGUUGUUACGUAACGGUGUUUCCUCGUUGUGAAAGGCUGCUUUGCGUCGGGGCUGAGGAGCUCUGGGCUCUGGGCUCCUCCGAAUUAAACAGCGGGGAGGAACACGCGUGGGCCGAGCGUGACAGAGCGAGGAGGGCGCAGGAGCAUGCUGCUGUGUAGGAGACGGUGACAGUGAACGCGACGCCCCCAUGGCUACACAAUGAAACUCAGACGUAUGUGUAUGUAGGUGGUGUCAACAAUGAGGUCUUGUAGCGGAUGCCUACAAUUCUAGGUUUCCAUUUCCAAGGAGAUGAAAUGAGGAACCAAGACUAAAUGCUGCCAGAUCAUGUGAUGAUGAACUUGUUUGGUGGGUGAUAGGUGUACAGGAUGAUAAUAUACUGUCAAUGCAUCUGGAGUGCCAGAUAGGGUUAUAAUAUGGGUUCAAUGGCAAAGCACUUUGAGAACAAACUCCCCAGGAGAAGAGUAAAAUGAUAAGUGGUGAACAGAUGUUUUCUUUUUUUUAACCUUGUUAGCCUUUUCUUUGGUUUACUUUGUAGGGCUGGUUUCCCAGGUGUAAGACAUGCAGGAGUCAAAACGAGAGAAAGAGUCAAAGUUGAGCAGAGUGGACAUUCCAGUAAUGAGAAAACCAACAUUCCUAUUCGAGCAGAGAGCACGUCGAUGCCGCGUGUGACCGCCGGCCGCCGGGAAUCUGAACAAGCGCAACUCACCGUAAUGAAUUGGAGAAGGCCGACACCUGUUCCAGGGGUUCUGUCAUGAAACGUUUGCUUUUACUUGAAUUUCUUUCUUUUUAUUUAUCUGCAUCACGGCCACAGGUUGUGGACGGACGAGCUGCGAGAAGGAGGGGGCGACUGUAACAUCCGGUGUUUGCACGCGUCGCUCGGGCGUUGCUCGGCGACCGAUGCGCGUUGCAGCGGCUGGUCAGUUUUUCAUGGUGCUGGCUUGAAGAUCAGGCCCAAUGUCAGUGAACACGUGUGUCCCCAGGGUGCAGGGUUCAUCAGCAGGAAGCAGCAGGAAGCUGACAGGGCUUUGCCUUAGCGAGGUGUUAAAGACUUAAUGCUUGAGUUUGUUUUGUUUUUUUUUUACUUCAUGACUGUGUGUGUGUGUGUGUGUGUGUGUGUGUGUGUGUGUGUGUGUGUGUGUGUGUGUGUGUGUGUGUGUGUGUGUGUGUGUGUGUGUGUGUGUGUCAGGCUGAAGAAAAUAUGGGGAUUCGAGUUUGAAUGAUGUUUUUCAGUACAACUGGGCGAAAUAAUGAUACACUUGCCAAAAACAGAAAAAUCCCCAUAUGAAUAUUUGAUACGACCCCUAGAUGUGCGUCUGUCUGCCUGAUGUAAGCUCUUGCCCAAACGGAACGGUUAGGAUGUUGUUUCCUGCAAUGUUAAUGUUGCGUGUGUUAUAUAUUGAGGCCACCUUUUUUCAAUUUGUAUUUGAUAUUUUUUAUGGGGUGACCAGACCCACAAAAGGGUUUUUCUAAGACUUAGAGAUACUGUAUUCCAAAGUGAAGAGAGGACAGAGGAGGAGGUGUGAAGACAUCGAGAAAAAAAAAAAGUGUCAAUAUUUUUACUGAGUUAUUGUUGUCUUUUUGCGCUGCUAAGAGCUAUGAAUUUGUUUCAUUUAUACAAAAAAUAACAUUACCUAGUUGUGAUGUGUCACUUGAGUGUGCUGCUAUUUUAUAAACAUUUGUAUUAUAAUAUAAUUAUUUUACUGCUUAAAAGAAACCUUCAGAAAAACGAAGUAGCUGGUGAUAGAAGAACGUGAAAUGAGUACUGGACUGGAAAUGUUCUUUGUACAGUUUGACACUUUGCUUAGAUAGCAUGUCUCCUUUCCCUCGUUGUUUUAUCCGUUUUGCUCUUCUUCUUCAGUCAAAUCUUGCAUUAGCGGUAUUUCCUAUACCUCAGGAUUAAGGAGCAUAAAACACAUACAGACCCAUCAGCUAUACCUCUGCAGUCAGGGGCCGUGCCGUCCUGGAGGAAGGUCACAGUGGGGGUGAGACUCCCACGUCACAGUCGGGAUACAGCGUGAUGUGUGAUGGGAAGCGGGACGAAUGCGAGGCUACCUCUUGGACUUUACCAACAUCUGGAGGGGAGGGGGGGGGGGGCGGUCAGCGUCUUCUUGGGGUGUUUGUACAAUAGAUAGUUCAAGCAUGUUCAUUUGUGUUCAUGUUGGUGCUACAUCUGAUUUGUUGUGCACGCAAGAGGGAAAAUCAGCGUUUCUACAAUGGCCAAAGUACCGUUCUUGCUUUAUUCACCCCUGAUCACUGAAUGUCAACAAACAUGGAUUCUGUAGGUGGGAAGGAGACGCUUUGCUCUGACAUUGUGUGUGCACCAUUGUACCUUGCACAAAGUAAUGGACUGAGCUGUACCUGUCAUGUCUAACCAUAAAUAUUCUGAUAUCUGGAAGUUUCAGUGGUGCAGGUUUCCCUUGGAGUUGCACCCCCCUCCCCACUAUAACUCAUAUCAUGUACCUCAAAUGUCUGUUGCACAGCAUCUGUUCAAUAAACUUCUGCUUUAAAGGGUGUGACACCACAUCAGCUCACUA